GUGCCAUAACACAAAAUGAAUGCUAUUUUAUCCCUGUGCCACUUCUGUGAGCUGCAUGGCCCAAGUGUGGUCUUCUGCACCCAGGCAUUCAGAGAUCUUCCUGAUAUCAGUGUGCUGUGUGAUAUGGAAGCAGUUGAUAUCCUGGACCGAAGACCCAUUACUGCUGAAAAUGAAAAGUCAGGUGAAAGUAGCUUGUGGAAGUAUGGAUCAGUGCAUCAAGAGCACUACACUAAUAUGAACAUUACAGGAAACGAUGCCUGUGUUGCAUGCCGUUCAUUCCAACAUAAUCAGCCUGGGUUUAUCAGCAACGAUGAUGCAGCACGAGUGAGUUAUGUGAGCUCACAGUUUCCCUUGCAAUCUGAGCUGUAUGUUCCUAUUCGACAUGCUUGCAUUAGAUCCUUAAGCUGUGAGGUUUGCCCAGGUCGAGAAGGCCCAAUCUACUUUGGCGACGAGGCGCGUGGACAUGUCCUUUCCCACACUUUCUUUUUGAGAGAUGUACAGGCUCGAGGAUUCCAGAGAUGGUACAGCAUCCUUGUCCUCAUGAAAGAUAAAAUGCUUUUAUUGAAUUCUUGGCCAUUCAUUGUACGGCACUUGAGGCAGACCAUAGACAGACUACAAGAAAAUGCAAACAAGGUGUACGAAGCAGAGGAAUCAAAAGUUAGUCACAGAGCUUUGAGAUCGGCAACAAUGAUGUCUGACAAUUUUCGAAGGCAGCGGGCUGUUGGCCAGCCAAGGUCCCUCCCGCAGCUGGCAGGAGACGAAGGGGUGUGGCAGUACCUCCACUCCUCCUUCACGUGGCUGAUGAAAGCUGGGGGCUUGAGGCUACAGGAACGGCUGGUGGAGGGCCCCCCCGUCAAUGCCUUUGUGGCCAGUGACGAGGCUGAUGGCAUUGGCAUAAACGUCCGAGAGUUGUACAAUGCCCUGGGUGGCGCGGCCUUUCAUACGGUUGCUCGCUGCCUGUUAAUUGGACACCAGGUUGUCUUCAGAGGUCCUGCAGAAGGUGUUGUUGCUGGGGUUGUGAAGUCUCUUAAGCCACUUCUUCCAAAGCAUUGUUACAAGGCAGUAGAAUUCUCCUCCCAGUAUGCAGACAGGUCAACUUGCAACAUCCUAGGGCUCCACUCUCUGGCCGAAGUGCCAAAAUCUGCUUUGGAGAACGAUAACUUGUGUGUGGUGGAGAUGGUGCCAAGGGAGGAAGCCGUAGAGGGAGAUGAAGUAGCCACAGCUGCAACGGCAAGGCUAGGGGGGACAGUUGCAGGUGGCUUAGCUCCCAAGGAUGCCGAUGGCUCCCCCAAGGCAGGCACUUCCCCCGAGGAAUCUGAGGCUGCGCAAGUUCUGAAGAAAAUCUCUUUUCAGAUUUCGAAGGAAGGCCUCCUAUGUCAACGUCCUCCUCAGGUUCUGAGUCGAAUUGAGUCUGCUGUCGCCAAUAACACCCUCACCCCAGCAGCCAUGAUGAUAUACUUAACAACAAUCAUAUAUGAGUGGGUUAACAAGGUAAAGGUGUGGGUUCACGUGCAGAACAAGCGAGCAAUGGCCUCAAAGCACCUUGAGGGGAUGCCUCCUCCAGGCUCUGUCAUCCAUCCCCAAGGAAGAGGACCUGCCCUGCCAGUCUUACGGAGUCCUUCGCACACAGCAGGAAAAGCAGUCCAGGCACCCAACUUCCGCAGCCUCUCUCCAGUAGGAACGACUGGCAGUCCUACGCCUUUGGAAACGACACAACACGAUGAGCUCCAUCAGUUACUUGCAGCCAUAGGGUCGGCAGAAUGGGAUGUUCCGCUGUUAGAAUUCUGGGCCAAAGAUUUCCAGACUUGACAGUGACUAGGAGGGAUAUGUGUGAGUUUUAGUAAAUUAAAUUUUUAUUUCUAGAAAUAGUAGCAACUGGUGCUGAUUAUUAAUUUGCUUGUAUCUUGAAUUAGGUACUUUAUUAUAGAUUUUACAAAAUGGAGAAUAAUCACACUGCUAUGUGAUGUCUCUGAUAUAAAGGUUUUAAAUCAUGUUCAAGUGUUAUUGCUGUGUGGUUGAUUACUCAGAUUAUGAAGCCUUAUGUAUUUGCAAGUGUCAGCAAUAUUUUUACAGUAUUUCAUUUUUUUGCCCAAACAACUCUUCCUUUUAGAAGAGCUAUUUGUAGAAUAAGUACAAAUUACACACAUUGUUGAAAAUGUUGGAUAUGAUAAAGAUGAAAUAUUUUAUCAGGAUUUGGUUUAAUGACUUUAUUUUAAAUCUAGACAUUAAACAAUAUUUUGGAGGGAAAUUAUUCAUACUUUUUUACAGCUGUUACAUUGAACUAUGUCCAUUUGUAAAUUGUUAAAAGUAAGAAAGCUCUUUAUUGAAGAAUUACUGUAGACCAUCACAUAAGGGCAGUAAGCAAUAUUUGAUUAAAAAAGAAAAGAAAAAAAAGACAAAAAACUGUGAUAUGUUAAAACAUUAUAUGAGAAAUUGUAUGAAAUUUCAGCAGAUUAUUUUGCAAUACAGUAUGGUGAUAAUGCAGUAUUUGACUUUUUUGUACUGUGAUAAAAAUAAACAAGAAAUACUUAUUAUUCUAGUCAUUGCUGAGUGGAGGAUGUAGUGAGGAAAUGAAGAUUUAGGAAAGGCAUAAAAAAAAGAAAGUUCCUAGUGGCUGUAGUCAAAAAUGUUUUUUUUUUCCUGGAACUUCAUUUUUGUAUGUUUUGAAAAAAUAAAUUGCUACCUUCUUUUA